UCUCGUUUCUUUUUCCUAAACAUUUCUACAGAUCAGUACAGCGCUAUCACAGCUGCCUAGACGCCGCGGUUCGCGGUGAAUCGUGCGAAGAAGACGACGAGCUCAGGAGGCAUGCCAAGUACUUCCGCAACGUGUUGACCUUCAAGUACAGUGACCUCUGUCCCGCGGAGUUGGGACUUCCUGCUCUAAAACCCAGAGUAAAGGUUCUCCGCGCAAUGGGGACCGCGAGUGGCAGCUCGGCGGAGCAGUCGUGCCAGGAGGACAAGGCGACCAAGGAGUUCUUCGCCUGCGGCCUCCUCUUCAGCGUCAUUGUGAGCCACAACCCGCCCAAGGAGAGGAUCUGCAGGGCGUACAGGAACAUGGAGAAGUGUACGAGGGACCUCCAGUGUCCGAACUCUGUGGCCACCUUCAACGUUCACUCCAUGCGCGUGGCGGACGUGCUGCUUAGCCCGUACGACAAGUACUGCCGCGGCUUCGCGGGUUCGGACAUGAUGAACCGUACCGUGCCGCCGCCACCCGCGCCCACGACCCCGCCGGUAUGCGACGAGGAGGUGUACCUGCAGCAGUACUUCGAGUGUGGCCUCAUGUACAUGUUCGGCUUGCCCGGGGCUAACGAGACCGAGUACAGGACUAACAAGAGCCUUAUUUGCGCCCUCAUACACAGCCACAAGGUGUGCGUGGAAAACGUCAGGAAGGUAAGCUACUGCCCAAACGGCAUCCCCAUUCAGACCAAUCUUGACUACUUCGACAACGAGCUUCGCAAGGCCCCCAAGGAGAAGUGCUCCGCCUUCACGGAAAAGCGUACGGCGCGAAGACGAUUUCGCAGCAGUUCGGUGCCGCGCUGCCACAUCCGGGAGUACGUUGGGUCGUACUUCACGUGCGGCAUGGUGUUCUUGGCGGCUACGAUGCCAGACCCACCGGCUCUUGACGAGCUCUGCAGGUUACUCGCAGAGUUUAAGAAGUGCGUCGCGGGCCUCAUAGAGUGCCGAACGGACACCGACCUCACAGCGCGGUUGGACUCCUUCUCGUCAGUACUGACUCAGGGCUACAUGGAGAGCUGCAAAGGUCGCAACAUCACCGGCUAUUGUGACAGAUUCAUCCUGCUCAAGGACUACUUCUCUUGUAGCCUGACGUAUUACCAGGCGCACAACGAGUUUGGCCGGUCGUAUCUCCUGACCAAGCAACACAGCUGCAAACUCAUCGAAGAUUACAGCAAGUGCGUCUACGAGAAGGUGUUGAAGAACUCAUGCGAAUCACUCAAGGACCUCUUCAGCAACAUUAGAGACGUGCGGAACUACAUAAUCAAGGUCUUUAACAAGAGGCACCAGGUGUCCUGCUCCACACCAGCAGGUAUGCAAAGGCAGCGUGGACCCGUUGCGGCACUCCAGAGCUUGUGCGACGAGUUCGCAGCCGUGAAGAGAGUGCUGCUGUGCGGUGUCUCCUUCCAUCGGAUGCUUCCAGCGUCCAGCCCUGCCCAGAACGGUUCCUCAUCCUCGGAGUUGGCUGAAGUGGACAACGGAGAGACUGUAGCGCUGUGCCCGUUGGUCAAGGAGAUGAAGUACUGCAUGUACUCGGCUACCAAAGAUUCUGGGUGCUCGGAGUCGCUGUUCUUCAACACGGAGGUUUCCUUGCUCAGAAGACGACUGCUUGCGGAGUUUGAAGGCAUCUGCAAUGAUACGCCGCCUUCGAAUGAAAACAGCACCGAUUCGGGAAGGAAUCGUCAAGGCUGCGAGCUCAAGGAGUUCACCCAAGAAUGGGAGACGUGCGAGACGGCCAGAGCUAACGAAGUGGCCCACAAGUAUCGGAAUGGCACAGGUACACCAGGCGGGAAUAUCAUUAGCGACCGUCAGCGAAGUAGGUUUUGCAGCGACAUUUCUGGCUUCCUGCGGUGCCUGCGUGACUCGGCCGGCAGACAUCAUUGCCCGGCUCUGGCGCCCGGUGCAUCAAACCCGGGACACAACGAGCUGUUCGAGCGGCUCGGGUACAUGGCUUGUUCCUCGUCCGCCUGCUCGUCGCUGGGCGACCGUUUGGCUCUGAAGCUCGUGGUGCUUGCCGGCACAGCGCGCUUCGUAGCGCGCCAGCCCCAUGGCUGGUUUUAGCGCAGGAGGACUGGGGGCAAUAAAGGGACACGCAACGUU